AUGACGAUUACCGGACCACUGUACAACAAUUUCCCCGGCGCGUACGAUCAGUGGCGGCAGCGACGCGUGACACAUGCGAUAUCGAGCCUCGCGCCAGACCCAGCAGACAGUCAGCUAGCAGAGACUGUCAGCCAGAAGACAGUCAGCCAGCAGACAAUCAGGCAGCAGGGACUGCCAGCCAGCAGAGACAGUCAUCCAGCAGACAAUCAGCCAGCAGGGACUGUCAGCCAGCAGAGACAGUCAGCCAGCAGAGACAGUCAGCCAGCAGGGACUGUCAGUCAGCAGAGACAGUCAGCCAGCAGAGACAGUCAGCCAGCAGAGACUGUCAGCCAGCAGAGACUGUCAGUCAGCAGAGACAGUCUGCCAGCAGAGACUGUCAGCCAGCAGAGACUGUCAGCCAGCAGAGACAGUCAGCCAGCAGAGACAGUCAGCCAGCAGACAAUCAGGCAGCAGGGACUGUCAGCCAGCAGACAAUCAGCUAGCAGGGACUGUCAGCCAGCAGGGACUGUCAGCCAGCAGGGACUGUCAGCCAGCAGAGACAGUCAGCCAGCAGAGACAGUCAGCCAGCAGAGACAGUCAGCCAGCAGAGACAGUCAGCCAACAGAGACUGUCAGCCAGCAGAGACUGUCAGCCAGCAGACAGUCAGCCAGCAGAGACUGUCAGCUAACAGAGACUGUCAGCCAGCAGAGACUGUCAGCCAGCAGAGACAGUCAGCCAGCAGGGACUGUCAGCCAGCAGAGACUGUCAGCCAGCAGAGACUGUCAGCCAGCAGAGACUGUCAGCCAACAGAGACUGUCAGCCAACAGAGACUGUCAGCCAACAGAGACUGUCAGCCAGCAGAGACUGUCAGCCAGCAGACAGUCAGCCAGCAGAGACAGUCAGCCAGCAGAGACAGUCAGCCAGCAGAGACAGUCAGCCAGCAGGGACUGUCAGCCAGCAGAGACUGUCAGCCAACAGAGACUGUCAGCCAGCAGAGACUGUCAGCCAACAGACUGUCAGCCAGCAGAGACUGUCAGCCAGCAGAGACAGUCAGCCAGCAGAGACUGUCAGCCAGCAGGGACUGUCAGUCAGCAGAGACAGUCAGCCAGCAGGGACUGUCAGCCAGCAGAGACUGUCAGCCAGCAGAGACCGCCAGCCAGCAGGGACUGUCAGCCAGCAGAGACAGUCAGCCAGCAGAGACAGUCAGCCAGCAGGGACUGUCAGCCAGCAGAGACUGUCAGCCAGCAGGGACUGUCAGUCAGCAGAGACAGUCAGCCAGCAGAGACUGUCAGCCAGCAGGGACUGUCAGUCAGCAGAGACAGUCAGCCAGCAGAGACUGUCAGCCAGCAGAGACUGUCAGCCAGCAGAGACUGUCAGCCAGCAGAGACUGUCAGCCAGCAGGGACUGUCAGCCAGCAGAGACAGUCAGCCAGCAGAGACAGUCAGCCAGCAGGGACUGUCAGCCAGCAGAGACUGUCAGCCAGCAGGGACUCAGUCAGCAGAGACAGUCAGCCAGCAGAGACUGUCAGCCAGCAGGGACUGUCAGUCAGCAGAGACAGUCAGCCAGCAGAGACUGUCAGCCAGCAGACAGUCAGCCAGCAGGGACCGUCAGCCAGCAGACAGUCAGCCAGCAGAGACAGUCAGCCAGCAGAGACUGUCAGCCAACAGAGACUGUCAGCCAGCAGAGACUGUCAGCCAGCAGAGACAGUCAGCCAGCAGGGACUGUCAGCCAGCAGAGACUGUCAGCCACCAGCAGGGACUGUCAGCCAGCAGAGACAGUCAGCCAGCAGGGACUGUCAGUCAGCAGAGACAGUCAGCCAGCAGAGACUGUCAGCCAGCAGGGACUGUCAGUCAGCAGAGACAGUCAGCCAGCAGAGACUGUCAGCCAGCAGAGACUGUCAGCCAGCAGAGACUGUCAGCCAGCAGAGACUGUCAGCCAGCAGGGACUGUCAGCCAGCAGAGACAGUCAGCCAGCAGAGACAGUCAGCCAGCAGGGACUGUCAGCCAGCAGAGACUGUCAGCCAGCAGGGACUCAGUCAGCAGAGACAGUCAGCCAGCAGAGACUGUCAGCCAGCAGAGACUGUCAGCCAGCAGGGACUGUCAGUCAGCAGAGACAGUCAGCCAGCAGAGAUUGUCAGCCAGCAGACAGUCAGCCAGCAGGGACCGUCAGCCAGCAGACAGUCAGCCAGCAGAGACAGUCAGCCAGCAGAGACUGUCAGCCAACAGAGACUGUCAGCCAGCAGAGACUGUCAGCCAGCAGAGACAGUCAGCCAGCAGGGACUGUCAGCCAGCAGAGACUGUCAGCCAGCAGGGACUGUCAGCCAGCAGGGACUGUCAGCCAGCAGAGACUGUCAGCCAGCAGGGACUGUCAGCCAGCAGGGACUGUCAGCCAGCAGACAGUCAGCCAGCAGGGACUGUCAGCCAGCAGGGACUGUCAGCCAGCAGAGACUGUCAGCCAGCAGGGACUGUCAGCCAGCAGGGACUGUCAGCCAGCAGAGACAGUCAGCCAGCAGGGACUCUCAGCCAGCAGAGACUGUCAGCCAGCAGGGACUGUCAGCCAGCAGGGACUGUCAGCCAGCAGAGACUGUCAGCCAGCAGGGACUCUCAGCCAGCAGGGACUGUCAGCCAGCAGAGACUGUCAGCCAGCAGGGACUCUCAGCCAGCAGAGACUGUCAGCCAGCAGGGACUCUCAGCCAGCAGAGACUGUCAGCCAGCAGGGACUCUCAGCCAGCAGGGACUGUCAGCCAGCAGUAGUUCUUCAAGAGGCUCUAGUGAUGAUAACACUGGUUCUUCAAGAGGUUUUAGUGAUGAUAACACUGGUUCUUCAAGAGGUUUUAGUGAUGAUAACAAUGGUUCUACAAGAGGCUCUAGUGAUGAUAACAAUGGUUCUUCAAGAGGUUCUAGUAAUGAUAACAGAGGUUCUUCAAGAGGCUCUAGUAAUGAUAACAGAGGUUCUUCAAGAGGCUCUAGUAAUGAUAACAGAGGUUCUUCAAGAGGUUCUAGUAAUGAUAACACUGGUUCUUCAAGAGGUUCUAGUGAUGAUAACAAUGGUUCUUCAAGAGGUUCUAGUGAUGAUGAUAAUGGUUCUUCAAGAGGCUCUAGUAAUGAUAACAGAGGUUCUUCAAGAGGUUCUAGUAAUGAUAACAAUGGUUCUACAAGAGGUUCUAGUGAUGAUAACAAUGGUUCUACAAGAGGUUCUAGUGAUAACAAUGGUUCUACAAAAGGUUCUAGUGAUGAUAACAGAGGUUCUUCAAGAGGCUCUUGUAAUGAUAACAGAGGUUCUUCAAGACAAUUGGGAAGUGUAAACAGUUCUUCCUGGCGGUGA